AUGAAGCGAGGGUUACCAAGUUUAACCACAGGCUCGGAUGGUUCAUCAACACUUGCUUCCAGUGGAGCUGAUAGCUCAGCAACCCAAGCCUCGAAUUCCGGAUCAUCGGGAUCAGCAAGCUCAACAUCAACUUCAGGCACAAGUACAGGCACUGGGUCCUCUUCAACGUUAAGCUACUCUGUUCCUACUAUAACUCCUCCUUCAACGGAAGGAAAUCCAAACAUUUGGUCUGCAGGCCAGCCCUCGGGUACCAUUUUCAUUGCGGUAGGGGCCAUUGUUGGCACAGCAUUCUUGGCCCUCUUGAUAUGGUAUUUCGCUACGGCGUAUAUUUCUCGUCGUCAAACACAGAAGUUGCGUCUUGAAUCCAUUGAUCAGCAGUUCCGCUCUCACAUCAGUGACACUUUUCCCGAUGCCUCGAAUGGGUUCGAUUCAUCUGCUAAAGAGAUUUAUGAUUUGGAAAAAGAUGCCCCAUACAAGGGCUCAAAUCCUUCAUGGCAUAAGAAAUCGAAUUCUCAUAGUAUGAUACGCCUUCUUGGCUCAGACAACGCAGAUGAUUAUCCACAACGGCGUACUUCCCAGGACUCUGGCUCUUCUAUACCUCAAGAGAUGUUUUCAUCGAUUCAAGAUUCAAAUCAAGCUCAGAACAGACGAUCUCUCUUCAUCUCACCCACAGUCGAAAUUUCAAAUCAACACAGAAGAAGUCGGCUACUACAAAAUAUGAACAACUCAGUAAGCUCCCUGGUCUCCGGUCUCGAGCCUAACCCUGAGCUCAACAAACCCGAAAGAGCGGCCUCACCAGAAAGAAAGAAAAAAUCCUUCAAUAGAAAUCAGUCCAGCCAAGGAGGCACCGCCCCUUCUCUUUCCCCAACGAGGCGCAUGAAGGCCGAUAGGAAAGAAACUCCGUCCAUGUACUUGGAGCAUAUGCUGGAGGACAAUAAUUAA